GCGAAGAGCUAACACACACGGCACUAGGCACUUCGAGCUACGAUAUCUUAUGGAGCUGGUUGCAGCAGAGGAAAACCAUGGCCGAGCUCAACACGAUAAAAAACCAGAUUAAGUUACUGACGCAAAUAUACAAGAUAAGAGAAAAAAUCAAGAAAGACCUGCUAAGAAAUACUUGCUAUGGAGUACUUAUACCACCCAGUGAAAAUCAAACUGCCCUUGAUCAGAUGUUCCUUCAAGCAGCAACAGAAGUUGACGAAAAGCUUAAUCAUCUAGAAGAAAGCCUGAUGAAGUUUCAAAUCUCUUCCCAGAGUCUGACUGACAUUAGGGAUGAAGUCGUCUGUGUGGGUCUAUUUCUGAAGAUUCGCGUUGUUCAGUGUCAGAUCAAGAAGCGCUCCAUUGAUGUCCGAUUCGAUGACGAAGAAUGGUUAGGAAGACAGCGGAAGCAGCUGGACGCAGGCAAAAAACUCACCAAGCAAGAUGCUGAUGACAUAGAGGCCACCAUCAACGAAAUCCGAAGAAAGUGUGGAUUGGAAAGUUUGACUCCCGAAGAGCGUGUUAUGAUUGUCAAGGCUAUGAAAUUCGCUAAAGGUCACUGGUACAAGUGUCCAAACGGACAUAUCUACGCCAUAGGCGAAUGUGGUGGAGCAAAUCAACAAAGAUCGUGCCCAGACUGCGGCGCGACAAUUGGUGGGGUGGAUCACCGACUGGCUAAAGGAAAUCAGGUUGCCACAGAAAUGGACGGGGCAAAGUUUGGUGCUUGGUCCAACCAAACCAACCUGGAAAACUACGACCCUAACGAGCUGCGACGGCUGCAGUUUGAAUGAGAACAAGUUACGAUUAUGCUACAGGAUGUUGUGAGCAUCUAGCAUUUAAUGUACAGUUGAAGCACAGUCCUGUGUUUUUCUAGAUAAAGCGCUGAUACAAACAGUUUUUGUGGCCAAACCAAUGAUCAAACUCAUUAAUAAUUCAUCAAGGUUAAACAAAGGAAAUCAUGACCAUGACGGUGUUAGGAUAUCUGAUCUUAAUUAGCAUAGAUUUUAACAAUUUUAAUUCUCCAUUUUCUCCUUGGGUUUAGUUUCGAUUGAGAAGCUAUAUCAAACUCGAAAGAGUGAGUUUGAUCACAUUUCCAAACGCCGAUAAGAGAGUUGAAAAUACGACGCACAGCGGAGUAUUUUUGAAACAACCAUUUCCUUUAGAAACUCAAUUGAAAUAUGACUGCCGCGGCAAAAAUGAUUAAAAAUAGUGGUUCACAUAUAUAGUGACUUUACAGGUGGCAUUUAAAAGUAAAGGUUAUUGUCUGUUGAGCCAAUGCAUUGGCCAAACGGUAACACCACAAAUUUUCCUUCAGGCAGCCAAACUACUCAAAGUGAAUUCAGUAGUGGGUGACACCUCCCUUGAAGCAGCCUGUACUAGCACUCCUCAAAGGGCCUUCUACCGUAAGGCACCAUAUGUCAUGUAAGGGAAAAUCUCCUGUAAGGGAGAUGAAUCAGAAGUUAUAAAUGAAGUACUAAGACGUAGAACAGAACUCCUUUAUCUUGCUUCUGGGCCGAUCGGCUGUCAAAUUCUUAAACCUAUGUUCAAACGACGGUCUCCAAAAGGAGCAGAGCUUGUCUGCGUGUCCGUAUCGUAUAGGCCUUUCGUAUUAUUAUGGAGGCAGAGAUGAAUUUUUAGUUUCUCUUAUCUGUCUGUCACAAUAUAGAGCUAUCGGUAUGGAUGGUUUCGAUUGUAUUAAUUAUUAUAUACUUAUUUGAUAGUUAUUAAUUAUUCAAUUAUUAUUCAACAGUUUUGAAGACUAUGAGGUAGAC